UGAAGUUGGCUCGGUAAUAAGCUCAGUAUGGCAGUCCGUGGGAGGGGUGUGCCAAACCUUUCCCUCUAAUUGACCAGGGAACAGAAGCAGCCAGGGACACGAGCAGCCGCACACGGGGAGAGAGAGGCGGACGCAUGGGCUUGUCAAAUCGGAAAACCCAGCUCAUUUUCAAAUGGCUGACCUGGAACUCUUUUACUAUGACCAACCCGACCCGAGAGACACCUCCCUGGUUUUAAAUAAGCAAAGUGUCCCCGAGAUCAGCAGCGGCGGAGGAAAGUCACUUCUUCCCGACGGAGGAGAGGCUUCAGCUCCAUGGACAGAGACGCGGAGAGCGGCGCGACUGGAGGGGGAAACGGAAACAUCUUUCACCUGCAAACACCAAGAUGAUGAAGAUGGGGACGAUGUCCAGCUAAUAGGGACAAGUCCACAAACCUGUAGACUGGCUCAGAGCUCCUCGAGUGAAUUGUACGAGGAGGAGGUGAUGGAGGAAGAGGAGGAGGACACCUCGGAACUUUACUUUCUGUCCGACGACGAGCUCUCCUCGGACAGCUCGGGGAAGUCAGUGGACUACGGCUUCAUCAUUGCCGUGACUUGCCUGGUGACUGGCAUCUCUCUGGUCGCCAUAUCCUACACAGUCCCCAGGGACGUGCGAGUGGACCCGGACAGUGUGACCGCUCGGGAGAUGGAGCGCCUGGAGAGGGAUAAAGCCCGAGUGGGGGCCCACCUGGACCGGUGUGUCAUAGCGGGAUUGUGCCUGCUCACCCUCGGGGGCGUGCUGCUUUCCACCCUGCUCAUGAUCUCCAUGUGGAAAGGGGAGAUGAUGAGGAGGAAAGCCUUUGCCUAUUCCAAACACGCAGCUAAAUUAUAUGGCUCGAUAAGUCUGAGAGCAGGCUCCAGCCCGACUCGGGAAUCCUGCUCACAUUUUUCAGCGCCUGAUGAGGAUUUAGAAGUGCUCAGCUGAAUUUAUGGACAGGACACGCGUAAAAGCGCUUAGAAAACCCAACCAGUGGUGUCCUUUAGUCGGGGAUGUAGUGGGGGUUUAAUGCCUUUUUAUUUCUAACAGCAGAGGCAACUUUGUGUUUGCUAUGGACAUUUUUAAAGGGUAUGUUUGCAUUUUUUCCAAGUCUGUCUUAAUACAACAUGACCCUGAAAGAGUUUUUGGCUACUGUAGCUUUUCCCUCUGUCCACGAUGGCCCUUAAAAAUCCCUUCAUAAUCUAAUUCUAGUGUAAACCUUUGAAAUUGUAAGUUCUGUGAAGCUAAUAUGAGGCGGUUUAAAGGAGUUCAGACCAAAAACAGACGUGAGAUAACAGUGAGACAUUAAAUGCAAUCCAGGAAGCCCAGUUUGAAUUGCGGAUGUAAGAGGUUGAAGGCUUAUUAGAUACCAAUCCACUCCACUCCAGUCCACAGAGGUUCACAGUACUCAGAGACGAGGUUUUACAGCUGUCAUGGCAUUAAAUAUUUUAUUGUUGUUGUGCUGAUCACAAGCUAGAAAUACGGCUUUCACAUGACAAAGUAAUCUACCAGGAAUCUGUGCUUCUAGUUGACACUGUGCUGGUGAACAAGCUUAGAGCUUUUUGCCAGGCAGCCUUGUGUUGGCACUGUCACUGCACAUCCAUACAGGCCUCAUUAAACGAUUGAGGAGGCUGCGAUUUUUCAUAUAAAGAUAGAGCUGGUCUGAAUGUGGCCUCAGUCAAAUCUAAUGACUAUGGUUUUAUACUAAAAAGAUUUUGGAUGACAACUGCUUGAUGUUUCUAACUCACUUCUGAGUUUUUCUAAGUUUUGCUGAAUUUCAAGAUGAUUUUUUUUAGACACAGAUCAAGGCGUGUUGAUUUUGUCUGCUGUCACUUCCAGUAGAAUCGCGUUAGAAAUGUCUCUCUUCACUAUGGACAAAAGGAAAAGUUACACUCACCAAAAUCUUUUUCAAUGCACAUUUGUGCAUGUUAGUAUUACAUUAAGACAGACUUGGAAAAUAUGAACGCAUCCUAAUGAUAAACUGUAAAAUUAUGAGAAAACAGUGUUUUCCUUCACUAAAGGUAAAACAUAAAAUAGCUUUGUAUAUUUUAUUUAACUUGGUUUGCCUUAUCUUUUUGUUUACCACUGCUUCUAAUGAGGCUGCUACUUCAGUGUUUACAGUGUUCACUCACUAGUGCUGACUUGUGUGUUGAAGCCUUGUAUGUACAUGUACAUGUAUACUGUGAAUGCGAGGAAAGUCAAACCUGAACCAGGAGUGGUGUCAUUGUCACUGCCUUCAUUUUCCACCUUUUCAGAGACAGAACUUUGCUAAAUUGUAACUAACGAACUGUGCAGAUCUGGUUCUUAAAAACAACAACUGCAUGAAUGUGUGUGAACUCCAAAGAAAUUCUGUUUGACAUAACAUGUUGAAGUGAUGCUUGUAUUUGCUCAGAUUUGCUGAAACGCAAAUAGUGAUACCACAGGAGGUGUAAUUACAUUUUGUGGUUGAGCUCCGAUGUCGGGGAAGCUCAGUUUACACCAAAUACACUUGGGGUUCUUGACAGCAGAUGUUCAAAAACAUACAGAGAGAGAGACAGAAUCAGCGCACCCCUGGGGGAAAGAUAUCCUGGCAUUUAACGUUACUUAACGGCUCGUGGGAGGGCUGUGAAUCAGUGGAAAACAAGAACCCAAGCAUUUUAACAACUGCUGCAAUCAAGCCCACUUAUCAAAUACCAGACCAUUCCAGCUGCAGUACUGGAGUGAAAUGUCAAAUUGCAUUCAAGGCGAAGGAAGUAAUGUCUCGCCUGCUCUGACUGAAGACACUGUGAAUUAACAACCCUCUGCUUAUGUUGAACAGAAAGCUAUGCUGUGCAGCCUCCAGGAGGGUCACAUUAUCCUAUACACGACCCUUGCUCACUCUCACCUUGGUGAUUAAUAGGCUGAAUCCGCUGACCUCUAAAUGAAAUAUUAAGUUGUUUCUAAUGCUAAUCUCAUGUUAUAGAGUAACAGUUUGAAGGGUUUUUGUAGGUGUCUGGUGUUUCCCUUUACGUUCCUGGAAAUAAAACUCCUGUGUCAGAUGAGUUAUUUCGUGAUGAAGUGUUGAGAAUCCCCCUCUUCUCCGCAGCCUGACUCAUCUGCUUCAGCUUGUGAUUCCUUACAUUUCCCAGAUUGUCUUUUUUCACAGCCAUCAUAGAACAGCUGUGAGCUUGUUGCUUUAAGCAUGUGGGAUCAGACAGAGUGUUAUCGCCGAGUAAAAGCAAGAGAGUGAACCUUUACAGUUGCAGCAGCAUGAAGGUUUCUAACUCAAAACACGCCCUGCGAUGCACUCUGGCCUUUUGAGACUGCUGUGUGGUGCGGGGACAUUAGUCUCAUCCAGCUCUUGUUCAGUGCAAGAAUUUUCUCUCAGUUGAUGUUCAUUUAAAUUUUUAAGUUGCUCUUCAUUUCUGGAGGGGAUGACAUCAGCAAAUGACAUUUAUUGCUGGGGUGUUAGAUACAUGGAGUCUUUCCUGUAAACCAUGCUGAAAAUAUUUAAUUUUGGCAUCAUCGAUGUUUAUAGGAAUUGGAGCCAACACAGUGGCCCUGCAAAUAAAAUGAUUUUAGCAGUAUUAAAACACUUCAUGGUCAUAUUUCUACAUUAGAGCACAUUGAUGCUUCAUAAAACAAUUUCACCACAAGGUCCAUCUUUACCUGAAAUCAAAUUGGCCCGUUUAAUCUUUGGGAUUCAAUAAGCAAAAAUCACAGGGGUCAAAGUUUGAAAAAAAUAUUUAACAAAUAAUUGUAGCUUAAAACCAGAGACUUGAGAAGCUAGUUUCAGGCUAGAAUGACCUAACUGAGUUGCACCUUUAAAACCCAUGGGAACUUCUUUUCAGCACUGUAGCCAGGCUGACAAAGAGCCACAGUGCUGUUGAGCUUAACAUUCCCUU